AUGAAUCCCUUCACUCUCUUCAAAGAUGAUGGAAUAUCUCCAUGUGAGUAUCGCGCAUCUGUCCGAGCCAUUGAAGCAUCCAUCGCGCCGCCGCCAUGCGAGUGUGUCGACUGCCAGCAGAGCUUCUACACUGUUGAUAAGCAACGCACCCCGAACUUUUCCUACCGGGAAAGAAUCUCCGAUGAAGAAGCCAAAGAGGUGAUCACAGCAGCCCUGGAGGAUAUAGAUCGACAACAGUCGCUACUCAGAAAUCGCAUCGAAACGUUUGGGGACCUUCUCUUAAGCAGAUGGAAAAAGCACAGUCAAACCAAGAGACAAGGCUUGCUGAAAGAAGCGGUUCCUUAUUUAGAAAGCGAGAAGUGGCUUCUGCCACGGUUCUCUUAUACUCAUGAGAGAGUACAGGCACAUGCAAGAAGACCCAGCCGCAGAAAGCAACUCAUGUUACCUUGGUUGAACGUACACGUCCUCAAGAGCAACCCCACGGUUCUCUUUGCGCUACUCCAACAUAGGGCCUUCAACUCACCUCAGAAUUGGGCCACAUUUGACAGUCGACAGCUUACCUUUGGCUGGGUCGCUGGGCAAUUUCACGUUGACUUCUCGGCCAAAAGUGUUAUUAUGUACGGAAAUCGAUACGGAUCGUUGGUGGACUGGGAGGAAAAGGCCGCCCACCGAGGUGACACCAUGGGAUUUCCCCGGGCCCAGCUGGUCCUUGAAGCCCAGGCGCACCUUUUGAAAGUCCUUUGCAGUAUCACGGAGACCAUUCUCAGCGGCGUAGAUCCCGCUCAACCGCCCGGAGCUGAGAAGUGGCGAGACCUUUUCAGGCGUGAAGCUUUCCACGAGACCAGUACGAUCGAGUUCUGGUCCUCCUACACGAACCAAGCGUUCUUUCCACCUCCAGAAUUCGAUAUUAGCUACCUACUCACGCUCGCCAAGACCAGACUGGACGAGACAGGAGACAACCUCUGGUUUCUCCAGACGGAUACCGCAUAUACUAGGAGAUACCUCAAGCUCUUUUUCGCAACCGAGUAUUCCAAGACAGCCUCUGAGGACCAGAGAGCCGUGAUCGUGGUUAAACAGAUCCAUGGUGAAGUCUUGAGUCAUCACUGGUGGAAAUGGAUCGAAAUGGAGUGCAAGCAUGUCAAGCAGGAGUACAACAAGUUCCACGACGAGAUACAUCCCGGCACCGCUUUGCCGCCAUCUUACGACAAGGCCCUAGGUGCCCUUGAACUUCUUCUCUUCAACCAAGUGGUAUACCGAGCACAGCGUCUGAAGAAGUUUGUGACGUUCCUUCCGAGCUUCCAGAAAUACUGGAGCUUCACGCCUGAGUCGAAAUCACUCUAUGCAACCGCCGUCUUGAAACGAAAGGUGCCUAACAACACAAAGGAAUCGCUUACUGAGGAUCCCAUUGACUGGUGUCUGAUGCAGUUGCAAUUGGAGCCUACCGACCAAAACCUGUUUGACCAUGCGAUGCUAUUCACGAUGCUGCAAGACCACUUGUCAAGCAAUCCGUCCGAAAAGAAAAGGCUCGAUGAAACAACUUACCAGGCACUCUCAGACCUCUCAACCUGUCAUGAGAUGCUAUUGGCCGUUCGUUUACACAGGCCCCAGAACGCAGCGAGAACCGUGGCGGACGUUAGGGCCACAGAAAACAGAGAGCCUUGGAACCCGCGACCCACCGACAGGUAUCCAAAUGACAUGGGUCAUCUCCAUGAUAUAGGGAUGUCACUUGUCAGGGACUUCUACUUUGCGAAACAACCAACAGGUCCAAAGAACGCUGACUGGAUCACACGGUCUCAGGAUCUCCGCGCCGCCCUCGAGAAGUUCUGGACCUCGAUCAGAGAAAUCGUCACAAAGGAGUUCCGCAGUUCUACCUUCAGUCCAGAAAGUAUCGACGACCUUAUCAAGCCCAUUUCAGCGCACUCGACUGCGGAGUAUCUCAAACAGGAAAGGCAGACAGAAGACGUAAUCUUCGCCAACAUGCACCAGCAACAUGAUACAUCGACCCUCACCAAUCUCUUCCGCGAAGUUGACAUUGGAACUACAUCGUCAACUAUCUCACGCCGAGAGAAAACGAAAACACAGGGAGGACAGAGAGCCUCGGCAGCUCGCGACACAGAGAACCUUGAUGAUGCGCCACAUGCAAGCAGCGAGCCCGAGAAAACCACCGACACCAUCAUUGAAGUAACUAAACAAUCGUUGGUGGUCUUUCAACUCAUGUAUCCCAACAAGGAUGAAGUCGUGAAGGAUAUAUUGUGGGAUAGAUUUGUUCAUGCGAUGGUUGAUGCGGGCUUUGUCGCGAGAAACAACAGCGGCUCGGCCGUAGCGUUUACCCAGUCAUCCGGAGAGGGAGGCAAGAUCGUCUUCCAUAAGCCACAUCCUGUUGACAAGAUUGAUCCAGUUAUGUUGCGGAUCAUGGCGAAGAGAAUGACAAAGUGGUUUGGAUGGAGUCGCGAGCUCUUUGUCCUACGAAAAGAGAGCUCCUAA